UUAGCAACAAUAGCUAUGUCUUAUGGCUCGAGAAGGUCUCACUGUGUGGAUGUCAUUCACAAAUGAACAGUCUAAAUGCUGCAAUUUACAAGUGAAGUCGGGCAUAGUUUCAGAGCAUGCGCCUGUUGCUGGUUCAGCACUCUUACAGAUACAGGAAUAUCUUGGUGGACAAACCUAAUGAUCAGUCUUCCAGGUGGUCUUCUGAGAGCAACUAUCCUCCACAGUUUUUAAUCUUGAAAUUGGAAAGGCCGGCAAUUGUUCAGAGCAUCACCUUUGGAAAGUAUGAGAAGACUCACGUCUGCAACUUGAAGAAGUUUAAAGUGUUUGGUGGGAUGAGUGAAGAAAACAUGACGGAGCUUUUGUCCAGUGGCCUUAAGAACGACUACAACAAGGAAACGUUCACCUUAAAACACAAGAUUGAUGAGCAGAUGUUUCCCUGCAGAUUUGUAAAAAUAGUGCCUCUGAUGUCUUGGGGUCCUAGUUUUAAUUUCAGCAUCUGGUACAUUGAGCUGCACGGUAUCGAAGAUCCUGACGUGGUGCAGCCCUGCCUCAACUGGUACAGCAAGUACAGAGAACAGGAAGCCAUCCGUCUUUGCCUGAAGCACUUCCGACAGCAUAACUACACAGAGGCCUUUGAGUCCCUGCAGAAGAAGACCCGGAUAGCACUGGAGCACCCGAUGCUCACCCACCUGCACGACCGGCUGGUGCUGCAAGGAGACUUCGACGCGUGCGAGGAGCUCAUAGACAAAGCUGUGAAAGAUGGUUUGUUUAACCAGUAUAUCAGCCAGCAGGAGUACAAGCCCAGGUGGAGUCAGAUCAUCCCCAAAUGCAACAAAGGUACAAGCGCCCAAGAAAUCAACCGAGACGACAUGAACAGUGACGGUGACGACAACAGGCCGGGGAUGAGGGGAGGACAUCAAAUGGUCAUUGACGUCCAGACUGAGACCGUCUACCUGUUUGGGGGCUGGGACGGCACACAGGACCUCGCUGACUUCUGGGCGUACAGUGUUCAGGAGAAUCAGUGGGCGUGCAUCUCGAGAGACACCGAGAAGGAGAGCGGUCCGAGUGCUCGGUCGUGCCACAAGAUGUGCAUCGACUCCCAGCGGCGUCAGAUCUACACGCUGGGCCGGUACCUGGACUCCAGCGUCAGGAACAGCAAGUCUCUGAAGAGCGACUUCUACCGCUACGACAUCGACGCCAACACCUGGACGCUCCUCAGCGAGGACACGUCAGCUGAUGGAGGGCCAAAGCUGGUGUUUGACCACCAGAUGUGCAUGGACUCGGAGAAGCACAUGAUCUACACAUUUGGAGGGCGGAUCCUGACGUGUAACGGCAGUGUGGAGGACAGUCGGACAUCAGAGCCUCAGUUCAGCGGCCUGUACGCCUACCACUGCCAGGCCGGGACGUGGAGCCUCCUGCGGGAGGACUCGUGUAACGCUGGGCCAGAGGACGUCCAGUCCCGCAUCGGGCACUGCAUGCUCUUCCACACCAGAAACCGCUGUCUGUACGUGUUUGGAGGUCAGAGGUCAAAGACGUACCUCAAUGAUUUCUUCAGCUACGAUGUGGAUGGAGACCAUGUAGAGAUCAUAUCUGAUGGCACCAAGAAAGACUCAGGCAUGGUACCGAUGACGGGCUUCACCCAGAGAGCCACCAUCGACCCCGAGCUCAACGAGAUCCACGUCCUGUCGGGCCUCAGCAAGGACAAAGACAAACGUGAGGAGAACGUCCGCAACUCCUUCUGGAUCUACGACAUCGCCCGCAACAACUGGUCAUGUGUGUAUAAGAACGAUCAGGCAGUGAAAGAAAACCCCAGUAAAGCUCUGCAAGAGGAGGAGCCGUGUCCACGCUUUGCACACCAGCUGGUCUACGAUGAGAUGCACAAGGUGCAUUACUUGUUUGGUGGAAACCCCGGGAAGUCUUGUUCUCCCAAGAUGCGUCUGGAUGACUUCUGGUCCCUCAAACUGUGUCGGCCCUCCAAGGAGUACCUGCUCCGUCACUGCAGAUACCUCAUCAGGAAGUACAGGUUUGAGGAGAAAGCCCAAUCAGAGCCACUGAGUGCACUGAAGUACCUGCAGAACGACCUGUCACUGACGGUGGACCACACAGACCCGGAUGAGACCAAAGAGUUCCAGCUCCUUCCUUCGGCUCUCUUCAAGUCCAGCUCUGAUUUCAUCCCGCUGGGCUUCUCAGACGUGGACCAGAUGUACGCUCAGCGGACGCAGCUUUUCGACACACUCGUCAACUUCUUCCCAGACAGCAUGACUCCACCCAAGGGCAACCUGGUGGACCUCAUCAUGCUCUAGCACCUCCCACACACACACCCCCGCCCCCCCCCAUCACCUCCCCCUCUGGACUGAAUGCACACCCACCCAUCAUGCACCUGAUGGGGCGGAGGAGACAGAGACCAGUUAUUUUUCUAUUCCUGAACCUUCUGGUGGGAUUAAGCGUCGGCUGGAACUCCAUCACACGACCUGCUGCGUUGCCGCUCUGCGUCCUGCUGGUGAGGCUCGUAAACACACGUCACAACUCUGGUGUGAGUAAAACUCACAGCCUGAGGUGUGCGUGUGUGUGUGUGUUUGUGUGUUUCUCUUAACCCAAGACUUCCCUCUGGUUUUUUUCUUGCGAUUGAAAGUUUCUUGGAGCACACGAAGCUCCUCUGCCAAACAUCUUUUGUGUUCUUCACCUGAUUCCCCCCCCAAAAACUUUAAGGCCAAAAAAAGAGGAUUUGCACGCAUUUGUUUUCAAUCUUUUUCAUAUCUUUUUCCUUUUUUUUUAUAAGCUUUUGAUUUGUGCUUUGUCCACAUGUUUGGAGCCAAACAGAUAAUCUGUUCCGGCCGAUUGAUGCAAAAGUUCAGUUCAAAUUCCCUGGUUGUUAAUUUAAUUAACGAAAGGACUGUGUGACAGGAAACAGGAAGCUUCUGUCUCCACAGCUUCACGCUCUUCUGUUCUUUUGCUCACAUUUCAGCAUCUCCUGCAAAACCUGUAAACUUCCACUUUGAUCGUUUGGUUAGCUUUUCUGCAACAUAUGCCCCCUAUAUGUGACUGUCGGCCAUGCAGAGGCAACUCAUUUAAUAGUGUUGUAGUAACAAUAGAGGAAUGAUUCUAUGAGAUUUAAAUUAAUAUAUAUCGAAAUAUACCUUUUCUAUUGGUUUGGGUUGUUUUCCCUGUAAAACUUGUUGGUAAAUUUGCAUUUACUACAGAAGACACAAGAUGGAGUUACAUUUAUUUCCCUGAGUAGUUAAUGGACGUGGUUAAGUGUACAGAAUAUGUAAAUAUACAUAAAGGAAUGGAUUCUGUGCUGGAUUCUGUUCCUUCUUGUUCCUCUUUACCAAAAAGUCCGGGUCCACAUCCAGUAACGCUCUCCGGCUCUACACUUUACACUCAUCACACUUAGUGGGAAGAGUUUGAAGCUGGUGUGCGUUUGUGAAUGAAGUGCUGGUGCCAGUGUUCCAGUUUCUGUUCUCUGAUGUUCCUUCAGUGGGAUGAGAUGGUGGCUUACUCUUUCUUUAAGUAGACAGCAGGGUUAGGAACCGCUUUGGAAAGUCUUUCACACUUUUAGGAACAAUUCCUGUCAUGUGGUGUCAAAAAUUGGCCAAAAUGUCAUCAAGAUUUAAGGGACAUUUGCAGUUUAAGUGCAGCUGGGGUCGCUCAGCUUUCUUGUCUUCCAGGACUUUUCACUGAACCGUGUUCAUCGGUCGGGUGGAGUCCGUUGUUUACACCAACUGAUUCAGCCCCAUCGUGUGUGUGUGUGUGUGUGUGUGUGUGUGUGUGUGUGUGUGUGUGUGUGUGUGUGUGUGUGUGUGUGUGUGUGUGUGUGUGUGUGUGUGUGUGUGUUAAUGAACAUCGUUCUUCGUUGUGAAUCUAAAAGUCUUUGAGUGACACAUCUGUAAUCGGAGUGAAAUGUGAGAGUCACAGACUUAAAGAUGAAACAUGGACCACUUAACUUACGAGUCCCUCUUCAUUGGCAUUUAUUGGACAAUUAAUUUAUGCAUUUGUUUUUCAAUUAAAGCACCAUACUGGUGUUUUGCAGGUUAAAGGCCGAUGCGACAGUCACGCAGCAACAUCGAUCUACAGUCCAGUUAACAUGAGCCACCAUCAGCUUCUGGUCACACCUGACAGCCCUCAUCUCGUCUGCUUUUGUUUUUAGAUGUCAUUAAUAUUCUAAGUAAGAGUUGGUGGGUAACAUGUUGAAGUGAAGGCAGGGGGAAGUGUUUGGCAGUAAUGUUGGAGGAAUAGUUAGACGUUCGCUUGCUGAGAAAAUCAAUACCACUCUUAAUAGGAGGCUACCACUAUCUGUCAGUUAGCUUAGCAUAAAGCCGGGCUCUGUCCAAAGGUAACACUAACUACUGAGCCCUCUAAAGCUCCCGGGUUAACACACUGGAGUCUCUGCUGUUUAGCUGACAACAAGCCUUCAGGUUACUGAACCACUAAAAUAAACUCCUUUUAAAAACACAACUCAUCGUUUUUACAUAACGUGUUGAAUUAGAGAAGUUUGAGGGGCAGGGAGGGAGACUUUUACUUUUGGACUAAGCCUGCUGGCGGUAACUUUAUAUGGCAUGAGUGUCAAUCUUAGAACAUUUCCCAAUAUUAUCCAAACUAUCCCUUUAAGAGAACAUGACUUGUAGCGAAGGGCUGAAAUGUGCGGUACAAAAAUGAUGCCAUUGAACGCACCUGAUGUCGAUGUGAAUUCUGCCACGACGCCUCACUUGCUUUGUCCUGGAUUUAAAUUCAUAAUUUAAGUAUUGAAACUAUAAGAGAUUUGCACGGUAGUAUAAAAUAUAAACCUCCUGUGACUGGUGCUCUGCUUCUGUACCUGUCGGCCCUGUGAAUGCUGGUGUGUUUACUGACACGAGAUGAGUAGUUAUCUCAAGUUGUUUCAGACUGUUGAGCAUCAGCAGGGGGUGAUCAGGCAGAUCGCACUUGAUUACCUAAAUUCAUAAGGAGGAAAGUAAAACCUUUAACAAUUUACCACUCGAGACGUUUGAGUAGUACUCCUAAUAUUUGGUCUUUUUUGUGCGUUAGUAUUUUGUUGCAGGAGGGCUGCGUCUGCGUUGUGUAUGUUCAUGUAUGUUCUGCUCAUGCUUCUGCUGCCCUGACACCCAAAACAAACCACUGCAGAAAGUAACGCGUCUAUUUUAGAAAAAGAAAAUGCUCUGAGAGGGAUUAUUUAUGAUAUUUUGACAACAUGCGAGCCGUAGCAUUUAUAUUCGUUUUGUGCCAGAAAAAAACUGUUUAAAAAGAACAAUUGAAAGCACCUUUGUAAAAGAUAAAAGACACACAAUGCCAAAUACUACUUUUCUUUUUGCUAUUUUAGGGUGAAUAUCCUCCACACAAUGUUUGAUGGGUGGGACUUUUUUAUUUUUUUGUUGUUGCCAUCUUGCCCUCGAGCCCUGGGUGGGACUCAGGAGUGUGAAGGCUGGUACUCAGAUCAGUGAGCACUACUCUGUGGAUACAGUGAAUGUUUAGAAAGCCUUGUAGUAUUGCAUUGUAUGUAAUGUAUAUAAUGAAUAAAGAUUGUAUUUUGUUCAGGUUUUCUUAA